AAUUAUCGAUGGUGUUCGACACCCCCAAAUUUUCAGUUUGAGCUGAAAUUUCGGCCAAAUAUUCGCAUAAAAUGGAUGCAUCCAGUCAAUGGGUGAUCGUGCAUGCAAGCAAAGGCACAGUGAUUUAAAACUUUAAUAUUAUAAAAGAACGCUCUGAGUAGUCGACUUUGAAUGGGUUUGUCCUCGUUCAUGGAAACCAGUUUAUGGGAGUAAAUAAACAAAGGCCUCAAAAUGUUGAGCCAGAGAUGCCCCAUUAUCUUAUUAUUCAAUUUCUCACUCAUGGUGGGUGUGCCCCUUUUCUUCUCUCUCUUCAUCAAUCAAGGCCAGAGGAUCAACAAAACAAAGAAAUGUAUCCCAUCUUCUCCUGUCUCUCUUUGCAACUUUGGAUUUGAGGUGGGGUUGAAUGGGUGCUAAAAAGAAAUCAUCUUAUGAUUCUUGUCUAUCCUCUAUGGGAACUGAAUUUGUAGAAACUCCAUCCAUGGAGCAGCAGUUCCAUGAUUACAGUUUUAAUGAUUUCACACCAAUGGGCUUCUCCCCUGGUCGGUUCUUAUCAUCUCCUGAGCAAAACCCACGAAGGGGUGGUGAAAACCAGUUCAAUUCUGAAACCCUAGGAUAUGAUGGGUCUCCUUUUGAUCAAUUCCAAUCACACCCAUCCGCUCUCAGUGACCCACAAGGCCUUUUGAACAGUCUAGCCUUCCUUGAACAAAAGAUCCACCAGCUUCAGGGCGUCGUUCAAUCAAUUAUUCGGGGGAGAAAUGAUUUGGAUUGGUCCGAUGAGAUGUCUGUUCAAAAGCAAGUGGUAACUGCUGAACUAACUUCGAUCAUAAUUCAGUUAAUGUCCACUGCUGGGAAUCUUCUUCCAUUAACACAAAAGAGCCAGCCAAGUGUAGCACCUGCUGCCAUGAAUCCUUAUGUUUCAAACACUUCUGCAUCCACUUCUAUGGGAACGAGCAAUUUGAAGAAAGGAGGAAGUGGGAGUAGAAGUGAUGAUAAGAUCGAUUGGAGUAAUGUUAAUCAACCUGAGUUUUCAUGUAAUCCUUUUGGAUCUCAAAUUGCUUCUGUUACUGCUCCCAAUAAUGGAAAACCCAUAAAAGAAGUGGAAUCAGGUGUCAACUUUAAUAGAGAGAAAAAGUAUAGUAACCAAUCAGAAUCACUGCUCUCUAAUGUACAAGAGAGAAUCGAAGAAAUCGUGGAUGUUAAAGAAGUUGAUCCCAUGGGUUACGUUCGAGGAGAGGGAAGCCAUUACAAUGACCAAUCUGUUGAUGACCGUAACUAUUAUGAUGACAUAAAAGAAGAUGACGACGAUGGGGAUGGAGACAACCUGCCUCCUGAUUCUUAUGAGCUAGUAGAGCUUGAGAAAGAGGAGAUCUUAGCCCCAAAUACCCACUUCUGUUUAAUAUGUGGCAAGGGAUUUAAGAGAGAUGCAAACCUCAGGAUGCACAUGAGAGGCCAUGGAGACGAGUACAAGACUCCUGCUGCCCUCACAAAACCCAACAAGGAACAAUCUACUGAGCCUAUGAUAGUGAAGAAGUAUUCCUGCCCCUUUGUGGGUUGUAAGAGAAAUAAGAGCCACAAGAAGUUUCAGCCCCUUAAAACAUUCCUUUGCAUGAAGAACCACUACAAGAGGAGCCACUGUGAUAAGAGCUAUACUUGCAGUAGAUGCCAUAACAAGAAGUUCUCUGUGCUUGCUGAUCUCAAAACUCAUGAGAAGCAUUGUGGGCGUGAUAAGUGGCAAUGUUCAUGUGGCACUACCUUUUCGAGAAAGGAUAAGCUUUUUGGACAUGUCGCUCUAUUCCAAGGUCACAUGCCUGCUCUCCCCCUUAAUGAAAUGAAAGGAUCCCAGGCCUUGAAUGAGGGUGAGCAUGCUCUAGUGUCUGGGCAAAGGGGCUUUUGUGACAUUUAUUCUUCUUCAUCGAAUUUCAAGGAUGGAGGUGGAAAUGAAAUUAGUGAUGCCAUUAUGGGUCGUUCAGCAAGGGAUGAUAUAAGCUUUGGGGGAGAAGACAAUUGGCAUGAUGCUAAUCCAAUGAAUCCCUCUGUGUUAGAGAUUUCAGAUAGUCUAUUUUCAUUCCCUCCAUUUUCCACAGGUAAUAAUUUGAUGCUGCAAGGUAGAGGAAACUCUAGUUCUGAUGGAUUUUAAUGAUGAGAAUCAAGGUAUUUUUAUGGGGCGUGCGGCACCAAGCAGUGGUACCAGUUCACUGUAGUAGAGUUUGUAUUGGUCUUCUUCUUUGAUGGCAUUUAUGUGCAGUAGUACUAUGUUGGGAUUCUUUGUACUCAAUAAAUGAAUGCUUUGUUGUUCAUAAGUUAGGGUUGUGGGUUGAAUUUCUUUUUUUGUACUCAUUGGAGAAUGUUUGCUUAUUGAUUCCAUGAAUAAUGCUCUAUAUGUAUCGAUCGUUCCUUUCUCUCAA